UCCGCUCCAAACCUUCUCCUGAAUCUGCUGGAAUAUCUCCACCGCCCGCAUCAUGACUUUUGAGGAAGUUCUGAUCCAGAAACCCGCCGAGCGCGCGCAGUGCGCGGGCGCAGCCCUGGAAGAGGUCCUGGUUUCGGCCAAAGACAACGACUCUCUCACCGUGGGAGUUUACGAGUGCGCCAAAGUUAUGAACCUAGACCCGGACAGCGUGUCCUUCUGCGUCCUGGCCACGGAUGAGCAGUUUGAGUGGGACAUCGCUCUGCAGAUCCACUUCACCCUCAUCCAGUCCUUCUGCUUCGACAACGACAUCAGCAUCGUCAGAGUCAGCGACAUGCAGCGUCUGGCCGACAUAGUCGGAGACAAGGCCGAGCAGCUGGAAGACGCGCACUGCGUCCUCAUUACGAACCCAGCCGAUGGGUCUUGGGAGGACCCCACUCUGGAGAAGCUGCACCUGUUCUGUGAGGAGAGUCGGCGCCUGAACGACUGGGUCCCUGAGAUCAGCCUCCCAGAGCGCUGAGCCGGACUCUGCUCCUCACCUGCUCGAUUCCUACCUGGAAAUACUCAUCCUGAUGACCAGGAUGAUCUUGUUUCUGGCUCAUCCCUGGAUGCUCCUGAGGAGGAUUCCCCAUCCAGGCCGCACGGCGCCGGCCCCCCGAACCGAGGGGGGCCACCGCGCCGUGUCACCGUCGGCCCCCUGCACCGGUCCACGCCAAGAUGACUCUCAUUCUUUCUGUGAACGAGGUCGGGCGUGCGGCAGGGGGCGACACAACGUCGACCCUCAUUCUUUGUGCGGAUGAGGUUUGGAGAGGAAGGAGAAGCGAGUUCUGCAUCCUGUGGUCCCACAGAGCAAAUGUCGCCACGUAGAAGCACGCGCAGCAGGAGAAGAAGCGGUGCUGAGGAAGGAGAGGCCAUCUUGGAAAGAGACUUUUCACAGAUGUUCCUCUUCAGCUGAGCAACAUGACAGCAGUUGCAGUCAGCGGAAAUGUUUCCCACUUUCCAGAAUUGUCUUAAUUCUCUAAAGGUCUCACUUUAGAAAUUUAACAAUGACAAAAAUUACUCUUUAAUAUUUUCUUUUUUUAAAGUCUUUUAUCUAAAGGUUUCACUUUAGAAAACGACUUCAUUAAAUUAUUGAUAAAAUUAUA